UCUAUAGAUCGAGCAUGUCCAUCUACCUGAGGGCAUUUGUGAUUUGUCUGCUUUCCUACUUACUAAGGCUUUGGUUUUUGCUAGGUUAACUCUGAGGCCCUUCUAUUCUAGAACUCUAUCAUUUUAAAACUGGGGCGACACAUAUGAGUUGUGUAGACUGAGAGAUAUGUCUUCAAAACCAAAAAGAAUGGCGGGGAGGAAUGACAGCUGAAUUGCUUUGAUCAAAAGUCAACCAGAUCAGAGAUGACCUGGCAGUAAACAACAACGAAAAAACGAUGACCUCCAAAUCACAGUUUAUAAUCUUAAACAAAGAAGAGAUACAUCGGAUAAUGCAAUGGCAUUCAUACAAAACACAUAGUCUGGGUUUGAAGGCUUUCCAUUCGAAGCUUUGGGAAUGUUGACCUAAGAGUAGCCAAUGAAAAAGGGAGAUAACUCCUUUGGUCUUAAAUCAUCAUUUACGGCACAAUCCUUAAUUACUGUCGUUAUUUAGAUAUUUUGUCAAUAAUUAAGGAAUAUUUGUUGCACUUUGGACUUAUUUUGGAUAAAGGCCUUAUAAACAAAACAUUUGGCACUAUCCAGGCAUGCAGGCAGACAGACAGAUACUUCACUAGCAGUGAGCACUUUCACUUCUGACAGCUAAUAGCAUGAUAGUGCCAAACAUUUUACUCGGAAAGUUUAUUUAUUUCUCUUCUCGAUCACAUUUAAAUCCUUCGUUUAUAUUGUUUUAUCGCUGUUAAAUGUUUGGGUAAAUUUUGAUCCUUUCACCUGUCCGAUUUUCACUAAGGAAAAAAAAAACUCGGAUUUUUUGCGUGGAAUCAAGUACCCUGAUCUCCUAAUAUGCUGCAAAUCCCUUAUUUUGGUUCGGAUAAAAGGGGUAGGAAUCCGGGUCAAACUAAAGGGUUUGACCCGGUGGGAAAUAAAAAAAUAAAAUAUUCUAAUAGGUGUAAAACAACUUGUUGCGAACGAAUAUGAAGAAAAAGACGUGCGCUCGCGAAAGGCAGGGUGGGGAGAGGGCUCGGAACAUUCACAUCGUCACAUAUCGUCAAUCCAUGGCCUCUGAAUUAUAGUGUUUGACCCGGUGACAAAUUUUUUUUUUUUAAUAGUCUAAUAGGUGUAAAACAACUUGCUGGGAACAAAUAUGAAGGAAAAAUUGCGCUAUAGAAGAUACUUGCUCAAGGUACCACGCGGUGGGAUUGAACCUGGAGCCAUGUGGUUGCCCAUUUCUAUAUACAGGAGUUGGUCAAAAUAAUGGAAACACCUAGCAUCAUAAUUUUGAAAUAUCUAUAAAACCGUCAAAAUCUUGUUUAUUUUUAUGUUUUUUUAUUUAUUAUUAGUGUUGCUUAAUAUUUUUUUGCUAAAAUUACUAUUUCUUUUCAGGUAUCACCGGAAAAAGGUAAUUAAAAUUCAUUAAAAUGACAGAUCUGUCGGAUUUUCAAAGAGGUCAAAUUGUUGGUGCUCGUAGGGCAGGCGCUAGCGUAACGAAAACAGCCGAAAUGUUUGAUGUAUCAAGAAAUACUGUCUCAAAAGUAAUGUCAACCUUUGAGAAAGAGGGAAAAACCUCCUCAUCAAAACAAAACUCUGGAAGAAAAGCAAAGCUUUCUGAUAAGGGCCGUCGGAAUUUUCUGCGAAUUGUUAUAAAGAAUCGCAAAAGUACAGCUCCCAAAAUUACUGCAGGGCUUAAUGACGAUGUUGAGAAACCAGUUUCCACAAAAACUGUCCGCCGGGAGCUACAUAAAGCCGAACUUCAUGAGAGGGCUGCAAAGCCAGAUGUUACAGGAGGGCUGUGAUUGUAUCUAGUCUUCUUGCUUCAGUAGUUUGGUCAGUCUAUAUGGGAAAAUCACUCAAGAUUUUGUAAUUCUCAUUAUUAUUAUUGCCUUUCAAGCGGACAGACGUGUCUCCCGAAGCUCUGUAAGUUGUUGUCAUUUUUGCAUGAAAAUCGUUUGUAACCUGUUUUAAUUUUUAUAUAUUUGUGUAGCCAAGCCAACUAGGUUCUUGUGGAGCUAGUCGGUUAGGCAAAAUUUCCCCCAUUUAGGGGCGAAAUUUUCAUUUGAACAUUUUAAAAUUUCCAUUUUAACAAAUAUCAAUUUUGAAAAAAUGUCUUUGAAGAGAGCAGCCAGCUGUUCUCUUCUUUCUUCAUUACACCCUCCGAAAAAGAAUGACAUGUCUAGUCGCACACAAUCCUGCCCAUCUGACGCCAUAAAAGGCAAAGAGUCAAAUGCUGAGGAACGUUCUGCCACGUGCAGCGUUCCUGUUUCCAACCUGUUCAACCGACUUUUAGAUGUGCACUUCCCAGCUCUUACCUCCACCAUUGCUCCUACACCGGAGAAGGAGGUAGAAAAGAACACAACAUUGAAGAACAAAGAAAACAACACCAGCAACACCAAGACCAGUAGCCAUUGUAACGGUUUCGCUUCAGCAGCUAAGCAGAGCUCGGAAGAAAUCCAAGUUACAAUGGCAGAAAUAAAGAAUGCUAAGGAGUUGUUAAGAAAAGACGGAAAUAAUGUCUUUCUUAACACUCCACAAGCAUUAAUACAAGCAACAAACAGAAGGACAAUAGUAUACAAGGUGUUCAACACAAGAUAUCAAAAGAUGGAGAGUGCUACCCCACAGAGAUUGAAGAUAGCUCUAAAGCUCAUAUGGGUCCAGAAAAAUUUCGUAACUAAAGGGAAGCGCUUUGGAACAGUGGAAGUGCGCUUCCCAAUGGAAGAGGAUGCCAUCCGGCACUCCACAACAUCGCUGAAGGCGGACGAUUUAUUGCUCGUGCUGACAUACCUUGGUCGGCGCGUGACAAAAAUAAAACUAGAUCAAGUGCCGCCAGAACUGAACAUCUCCUGGCUAGUGGCAGCUGUGCUCUUUGACAUUGAAGAGACUGCCACCAUUCUGGAGGUGCACAAGAAAACCAGUCGGGUAUGGGCAUGCAGCUCCUUGUUCAAAUUGAACAAGAUACCAUAAAUGCCAUACCCAACUCAAUAAACUUGCCGGAUGGCACCAGAAUUCACGUUGCUGUAAAGGGGCGAAGGCCAAAGUGCUACCUCUGCAGCAGCAACCAACACCUUAAAAAAGACUGCCCCAUCUACAAACAGAGAUUGGAGGCGGAAAAAAAAAAGAAAAUUGCAGCAGCAACAACAACAGGAGGUACAACAGAAACAACAACCAAAAGGCUCCACACCACCAACACCAACACCAAGGACCUCCACACCAAAAAAAGAAAACAACAACAGAACCAGCAACAACAACAACAGAAAUUGCGAAAGAAUUAUCGCCAGCCCCUACAAACAUUCCCUUUCCAGAUCAGAUCAGCUCGGAUUGUGUGACUACUGAUAGUGAGAAAGGAGAGUGGCACACUGUGCCACCAAAGAAAAAAGGAGAAAGUAGACAAAAGAAACAAUUGACAAAGGUGGGGGUGGUGAAAAAGGUGAGCUUCCCAACAUCAUCAGCAACAACAACAACACACACUCACAACAAAUAGCAACACCUUCUCCACCGCAAACACCAACACACACACACACCACAAAUGUAACAGCUAUUAACACCAAAAAUGAACAUCUAGUAAACUUUAAAAAAACAGUACAAAUGCAAAUACCACAAACUUCAUUAUACCCUUAUACAACGCACCACCAGCACACAUACUCACACUAAAAAUAACCCAAGAAAACUAUAAUAAAAUAAAAGAAAAGUUUCCGAAUGAUGUUGGGUCGCCAGGGAGAAGUUUCUCCCAAAAUCUAGUGGAAAUAGCCACA